AACACGUUCCCCCACUUUUCUCCUUGACAACACGCAGUCAACCGGAAGAGGAAUUCGGCUGUCAGUCUGCCGGGAGAGAAGAGAAUAUACAUAUAUAUAUAUAUAUAAGUAUAUGCAUAUAUAUUAAUUUAAAAAAAGGAUCAAGCAUGGAGCCAAUUCACAUCAAAGAAGAGGCUCUUGAUCCACAACCUGUAACUGCUUCAGAAGAGAUCUCUUCACCAGUUAAACCAGAAGAGAUCAUAACUGUCAUCAUUAAAAGCGAGGGAGAAGAAGAUGAUGACGAGGAGGAAGAGGAAGAGGAAGACACAGAAACUCAAUCCUCAACCGCCAACCUCCUCCCGGAAAAUUUGUCCCGGGGUUACCGCUGCACCGAAUGUGGGAAAAGUUUCAAUCACGCAGGCCACCUCCGCCGACACUGGAGAAUCCACACGGGAGAGAAGCCGUACGUCUGCCCAGACUGCGGGAAGAGUUUCACCCAAGCGGGGCACUUGAAAAAACACAGGCGGGUCCACAGCGGAGAGACACCGUACAGCUGCCCCGACUGCGACAAAACCUUCAAGCACUCGGACGGGCUCAAGCAACACCGCGUCUCCCACACCGGGGAGAAACCUUACAGCUGCCCGGAGUGCCGGAAAAGCUUCAGCCGCUCGGAGCUGCUUAAAAACCACAGGCGGGUUCACACGGGAGAGAAGCCGUACCGCUGCUCCGACUGUGGGAAGAGCUUCGGGGAUUUGUGGAAUUGCAAGAAGCACCGGCUCAUUCACACGGGAGAGAAGCCCUACCGCUGUGCCCAGUGUGGGAAAAGCUUCAGCCAGAGAGGCACCCUGAAGAGGCACGGCCGCAUUCACACAGGAGAGAAGCCGUACCGCUGUGCCCACUGCGACAAGAGCUUUACUUUCGAUAACCAAUUGAAGAAUCAUAAAUGCCAGACGCGCAAAAAGCUCUGUGGAGAGAACCCAGUCGGGACUGAGGGGGAAAUCUAGCCAAUGACUUAAUCAAUAUAUCUAUCUAUCUAUAUAUUUGAUCUCCUAAUGCUGCAAACAACGCACACAAAAAUGUACUCUAAUUUGUUCAAACUCCCUGUGUUGCAGAGUGUUACGAGAUACAGGCUAGACAAAGAGAUCCCUUUUAUUGCACUAAACUAAAAAGAAUCGCAAGCCUCAAAGGUCUGUCCUUCACAUGAAAGUAGUAACGUUUUAUUUUUCCUACUUUCUCCUGAAGAAGAGACCUCUGGAGGUCCGGAAAGCUUGCGAUUUAAUUUUGUUUAGUUUGUGCAGCAAAAGGGCUGUCCUUCUCUUCGUCUGUCUCGUCGUCUGGACACGGCUGUUGAAUUCUGUACGCAUGUCGACACUAUGACGUCAAACGCUAAAGAAAUAAAGAGAUAUCAUUAUGCCUGAU